AUGAAGUUUAUUUAUAAGUUGGAUUCUGUUAUGUCGCCCAUGGGCUCGUUAACUGAUAGCUACGACAUGGACUAUGACGACGUGUCGCCGCGCUCAAUGAUGUUCGAGGACUCCAAGUCAAGCUCCUUCCUGGAGAAAGGCGGAGCCCCUGGAGGGGUUGUGAUGCAGCUGUCGACCUACUCUAUGUACCCUAACGAGCACUCACAGGGCCAGGACUGCAACAUGAAGCCGGUGGACACCGACGACGUGGCCUCCGCAAACGGCCACUACACGCUGGAGGACUUCUUCAGCAACUACAGGGAGUUGACCAGGAACGAGAGCAUUGGCGACGUCUGCGAGAGCGGCCUGGACUUCUCGAAGCUCUACGGCCAGAUCGAGGAGCCCGCAACGGACAACCCGUUCCAAUCGUUAAUAGACCUCGUGAAGUGCGAGAUUCCCGCCGACCUGUCGGCAGUGGACAUCAGGUUCCCGAAGGAUGAAAAGGUUGCGCCGCCGCCCAAGGCACAGGCCCCCGAGGAACCGCCCUGCAAGCUGGUGGUAAGGACCGAGCCGGCUCCAACCGCCGCACCGAGGCCUAAGCCGAAGUCGAAGAAGACCCGCAAGGCAGCCCCCGCCAAGGCCGACCACGGCACUAAGCUGGUGGAGAAGGAGUACGUGAACAGCAGGAAGAUCGACUACGGCGCAAACGACACCAUCGAGAACCUCUACGACCUCGAGUGGCACCCGGGCUUCACAAGGCACCUCGGCGCCAAGGGCAGGAGCGCGCUUCUGGAGCUGCUCAGGAGGGUCUACAGGCAGGACCCCGAGCACUACAAGGCCAUUCUGCAGUCGAGAAACUCACCCUCGUCCAUCAGCAGCCUCCCGUUCUUCAGCAUACCCAUGCUCUGGGAGCUCGCGCACCAGUUCGGCAUCUUCAAGCAGGCGCUCACCGUGUACAAGAACCACUGCUUUGCAAAGUCAAAGUCGAACAGGUUCUACGGGUUCGGCCGCGGCUCGCAGACCUCGGCCUCCUCCGACUCCAGCGACAACUACGUCGAGGUAAAGAAGGAGCAGAGCUACUCCACGCUCGACCCCAAGGGCUCCAUCACCACCAUGUCGGGGAGACUGGUCAAGAGGUCGAAGAAGAUUCUCGAGUACACCCCCGACAGCAUCACUGAGAAUCUCACCAACUACGCCUCGGCCUUUUCCUCCCCCUCGAAUGAGCUCAACGACCAGCUGCAGGACAGGCUGGACCUUAACGCUUCGGUGAAGGCUGAGCCCGUCGACGUGGCCUCCGCCUCCCAGUCGAAGAAGGGCGCUGACGCCAAGGUCGAGAACACUCCCGAGCCCUCUCUCGUCUGGAAAAUGACCGUCGUCACCCGCUCAUCGAACCUCGCCGACUCGUGCAAAGACACUCAGCUCACCCCGAAGCAAUCUUUACAGAGACGCAUAUCAGUUUAA